AUGGUCGGGUUUCGACAAGUGCUAGAAAACUAUGAACUUUCAGACCUUGGGUUCCGGGGCCCGAAGUAUACAUGGAGCAAUUGCUGGGAUAAUCAAGAGUUUACCAAGGAAAGGUUGGACCAGGGAGUGGCCAAUCCUAUUUGGAGGGGAAUGUUUCCGGAAGUUGAGGUGGUGGUAGAAAAUAUAGUUUGCUCCGACCAUGCUCCUUUGAUACUAUGUCUAAUGGGAAAAAGAAUGAAUGGGCAGGGGCCUAAGCGAUUUCGUUAUGAGGCUUCUUGGCAGCUUGAGGAGGGUUACUCUACUAUAGUAACAAAGGCAUGGGUCCCUCCAAAAACAGCUGGGUUCUAG